AGUUUUUAUUAGAGUUUAAAUUAAGCAUAUAAAAAGCGUGGAUUUUAAUAUUAGUUAGCUGAUAGCCUAUGAGAGGAAACAUUUUUGAUGUGUUUCAUGUGAUAGAGAAAAUUGAUCUCUUAAAGUUAUUUUUAUUCCAAAGAAAAGAGAUUUCACAUUAUUUCCAACCUAAAAUUAAACUUAUAAUGUUUUUGAAUUCAAUUCUAAAAUCAAAGAAUGUUAGUAUGUCCCCUCUAAAGAAUACACAAACUCGUAAUUACCUAAACAACAUUCUUCUUGAAUGAAUGGUCAUUUCGCCUUUAGACCAGCUAUACACCAAUUGAGUUACCAUAAUAGUUUCUUGACUAAUUAAUGAAGAUGUUAAAUUGGUUGCCAAAUGUGUGUAGUCAAAAAUUUUAAAUUUGUAAAUUAGUCAAUACACUAUCUUCAUAAUUAAGAUUUAGAUUAAAUGUCUACAAACUUCGUAACAAAAUCCUAUCUCUUUAUUUCCCUAUUAAUAGAUCAUGUUUGUGCAUGACAUACACACCUACAAGAAAUCAAACAUUUCUGGUUUAUGCAAACAUGUCAACGAAGCAAGCAAAGGGAAGAAAAACAAAGGGGAAGCAAAAGAUCGAGAUGAAGAAGGUGGAAAACUAUGGAGAUAGGAUGAUUACGUUCUCGAAACGUAAAGCCGGAAUUUUCAAGAAAAUGAACGAGCUCGUAGCAAUGUGUGACGUUGAAGUGGCUUUCUUGAUUUUCUCUCAAGCCAAGAAGCCGUAUACAUUCGCACAUCCGUCUAUGCAGGAAGUGGCUGACCGGUUAAAGAACCCUUCGAGACAAGAACCAUUAGCGAAAGAUGAUACGGGACCCCUCGUGGAAGCUUAUAAGAAACGAAGGUUCCAUGAUCUCAUAAAAAAAAUGGAGGCGCUCGAGGAGGAGCUUACGAUGGAUCUAGAGAAGCUGAAACUGCUGAAGGAAUCGAGAAAUGAAAAGAAGUUAGACAAAAUGUGGUGGAACUUUCCUUCGAAAGGCUUGAGCGUGGAGGAGCUGAAGCAAAGGCACCAAGCGAUUGUCGAGUUACGUGAUAACUUAUGCGACAAUAUGGCUCUCUUACGAUUGGGAAAAGACGGUGGUUCAUCUUCUGUUCGUGUGGGACGUCGACUGUCUGGUGGUGUUCGUCUGUUCGAUCGUGAAGCAUGAUCAUACAUAUUCAUACUUGAUGAUUGAAAUUUCUUCGUCUACUGCAUGAGCCGUCUCCAUUUGACGAAGCUCGAUCGUCUCAAGUAUAUCCCUAUUAUCUAACGGAGUUGAGAAAAAAGAGUUUCAGUUUUCAAAAGUUGAAAGAUUGAGCGAAGUGGUGACAAAUUCGAGCGUUAGGGUC